AUGCCCAAGCACGUUGCCAUCAUAGGAGCGGGCCCAUCUGGCCUGACCCUUGCAGCUCUGUUGCAACACCACUCGAUUCCCUUUACCAUCUACGAGCGAGAAAAGUCUACCAGUUCUCGCUUUCAGGGGGGAUCUCUUGACCUUCACCCGGAGUCUGGUCAACAGGCUUUGUUUGAAGCCGGCCUUCGAGACCAGUUCAACAAGUAUGCCCGGUAUCACGACCAGGACUACCGUUUCGGAGACAAAAAUGCCGAAACGUGGUUGUUUCAUCAAGCACCGGCUGACGCGGAUGGACGUCCGGAAAUCGACCGUGCAAUGCUUCGCAAAAUACUCAUCGAGUCCCUCGAUCCAGCAAACAUCAAAUGGGAUCACCGCGUCUCAGCCGUAUCUCCACAGGAAGACGGCCGCGUGGAAAUAUCUUUCGACAACCAACCCAAGCGAGUAGUGACUGACCUUCUUGUGGGUGCAGAUGGCACUUGGUCCAAGGUUCGGCCACUCCUAACCGACUGGAAGCCCGAGUACACUGGCCUCACGGUUAUUGACUGCCGUAUCUCCAACCUUGAUGAAAGAUUCCCAGAGCUCGGAAGUUCAUCGGCCGAGCGAAAUGGAGACGGCAGCGUUCAUGUCUACCCUUGUCUACGUGUCGACGAGAACUGGGCCUCAAGCAAUGCCUCUUCUGAUUGGAGCGAUCAGAAAAAGAUGACUAGUCUUUUGAUUGAUUCCUUCUUUUCGACAUGGGAUCCUCGCCUCCAGGAUGUCAUCCGCAAUGUUGACGCGAGCAUGACUCCACGAACCCAGUACCGCAUGCCUCUAUGGCUGCGAUACGAUCACCAACAAGGCUUGACACUGAUCGGUGAUUUUUUGCAUGUUAUGUCGUGGUUUGCUGGAGAAGGUGCAAAUUUGGCAAUGCUGGACGCCUUGGAUCUUUUUCACGAAAUCCACGCUCAUCCCGAGGACUUGAAUUUGGCAGUGCGUCGCUAUGAGGCCAAGGUGGUAGCCUGUGGACGGGCCGACGUUACGAACGAAAUGUCGCAAGAUCUGCUUGUCAAGGCUAUGUCAGACGACGCUCCUCGGGCGUACGUUGAGGGGAUGGCCAAGGCAAUGGAUGUUUGGUUCGUAGAUGGGAAGUUGCUGGAUGGUAUCGACCGCAAAGCAUUGGAUUUGACUUCAAAUUAG